GAUCUGUAAGAGUUUUAGUGACUCAGGUGUUGAGGAUUUAUACAAUUACACUCAAUAGGAAUGCUUACAGAAGCUGGACAAGUUAAGAGCAAAGAGCAAAGUGGCCAGGGGCGUCCUUUUGGCGAACAUGUGAUGCGCCGCGAUGCCCACUCUGUCCGCGGCGCCUGAGCAGAGUCCCGGCGGCCGCACCGACCGGCAGAAUAGUCACCCAGACGCCAUGAGCCCUGAGCAGGAGGCGAGCCCACCACCUGCAGCGCCGGGCGCAUCUCCACCGCCGCCGCCCCCCACGCGCCUACCUUCGCCCGCCAUGUCUCACCAGGAAAACACAUCCGACGUGGAGCAGUUCUCCGGCAAGAUCGUCUAUAAUCCGGACGGUUCCGCGUACAUAAUCGAGGACUCGGAGAGCGAAAGCGAAACUGCCGGCCCUAACACCACCGUGCCCGAGAUCGUGCCGCCCCUUCAAGCGGUGUACGUUUCGCGGUUACUCCGGCAGCCCGCCCGCCCCACAGAACUGCCGGCGGUCCACAGCUACCGCGUGGUGGCGCUCAGAGACGCUCGGCCCCCGAGGCCCGCUUCCGUGCCAGUGAAACCCAUCCUCAUGUGCUUCGUCUGCAAGCUGAGCUUCGGCUUCGCACGGUCCUUCGCCAACCACGCACAGUCCGAGCACGGCGUCACCCUCAAGGAGAACGAGCGCGAGGUCUUGGCCGCCGACUGUUCCGCCAUUCUGCAGUGCGUGGGCGCCGAGAAGAGGCCCAUGGUGUCCCUGCUGGAGCCUCUGGGCACGGCAUCGCACGACAACCACAAUACAAAUCAAAUAGUUCCUGUUCACUCUGUACAAAACCGCAACGAGGGACCCUCGCCCAUCACCGAUACGCCGCCAUGUUCCUCAUCUCGAAACACACCCGGAAAGUCCCCGUCGCCGCCGUUCGCGGCCCCUCCCGCCUUCAUGACCGGAACCACGAUAGGCGUCUGUCCGGAACACCUCCAGGGCAGGCCGUCUGGAGUAGAAUGCGCUCGCUGCGAGAUGAUCCUGGCUUCCGGUCGUCUAGGACCCGCAGGGUUGGCCAACGUACACAGUAGAAACUCAUGUAAAACGCUUAAAUGCCCCAAGUGCAACUGGCAUUACAAAUACCAAGAAACUCUGGAGAUCCACAUGAAAGAGAAACACCCAGAAGCUGAAACUAGUUGUAUUUAUUGUAUAGCCGGUCAGCCGCACCCGCGGUUAGCCAGGGGAGAAACCUACACCUGCGGGUACAAACCUUACCGUUGCGAAGUCUGCAACUACUCAACGACAACCAAAGGCAAUCUUAGUAUACACAUGCAGUCAGAUAAGCAUCUCAAUAACAUGCAGGAGCUUCAAAAUGGGGGAGCUCCCAACGCAGAAGCGCGUCAGGCGUCUCCCAAGGCCCCACCACUACACCACUCCCCAGUCAGCAGCGGGCACAAGCCCAAACCUAGCUUCAGGUGUGACGUUUGCAACUACGAGACAAACGUAGCCCGAAACUUGAGAAUCCACAUGACCUCGGAGAAGCAUACGCACAAUAUGCUUGUACUCCAACAGAACGUGAAGCAUAUGCAGACGCUGUCCGCCUUGCAUCACCAACAACACCCUCAGCAACACAUGGAGAGCCUCUACGGAAUGUAUCCCGGUCUGGGAGAUAAACCAGAAGCGGCCCUUGCCGAUAUGGCUUACAAUCAAGCGCUGCUCAUCCAGAUGAUGACAGGAGGGCAGUUACCAGGCCAUGGUGGUCCGGCGGACAUGACAGCCCACUCAGAUCUGGGCUUGAACCCGGAAACCAUGGAACCACCUCCCGAACCAGCGGAUCCCGAUCCAGAAAAGACUUACCAAUGCUGCGUCUGCAACGUGUUCCAGACGGACAACUUAGAAGAACUCGGACGACACCUGGCGCUCGAUCGGACGCGGCUGCGAGAGCAGGAGAUCCUGGCCGUCGUGGCCGGGCACUACGUCUGCAAGCUUUGCACCUACAAAACCAAUCUGAAAGCCAACUUCCAACUCCACUGCAAGACUGAUAAGCAUCUACAGAGACUGCAACACGUGAACCACGUUAAGGAAGGCGGGCCUCGUAACGAAUGGAAACUGAAGUACGCCUCGGCGCCAGGAGGUGUCCAGAUCCGCUGCAACGCCUGCGAUUACUACACAAACUCGGCGCAUAAGUUGCAGUUACACGCCGCGGCGGGUCGUCACGACGCCGGCAUCGCUCUCCUCAAGCACCUCAUGGAGAGGUGUUCCAUCCUCAACCCGAACCAGCCUAGGGUUUUUCAUUGUUCGUUGUGCGGCUUUUCCGCCACUAAUAGAUUACCUCUUCUCCAACACGUGCGGUCUCUCAAGCAUCUUCACAUGGAGCAGCUGCACCAGCUCCAGAGGCGCGCGGAAGGUAAAGACACCUCCCCGGAAAUCGGAGAUGUCUUCCAUGUUGUACCUGGACCCAUGGAUCAGCAGCAACAGCAGCAAACACCAGAGCGCAGAGAUAGCAUCAACUCCGAACUGAGCCAGAUCGAGGCGAGCAGAGAUCACGUCAAAUCGGAACCGCGCGAGGAAGGCGAAGACGCCAACAACAGCGAAAGCGGCUCCCCGCAACACAUGUGCCCCUUCUGCGAAUACAGCAGCGACUCCGAGAUGCGUAUACAGGCCCACAUACUCGCCCAGCACGGCACAAAUAACACCCCCAUGUCCGAACCCAUGUUACACUGUCCGUUGUGUCAGGACGCCUUCAAAGACCGCGGCAAUUUAGAGCGCCACGUCAUGCAGAUUCAUUCGGUCAACAGCGAGGGCUUGCAGAGAUUGCUGAUGCUCGUAGAUCAGAGCCACUGGCUCAACCAAACGUCUCGAACACCAACACCGAACAAUUCCCUAAGCCAAACGCAAACGACACCUAAUCAGAUCGUUUCUCCGACUUCAGUGUCUUCCAAAGAAUCUAAUAAACAUGAGAAGAGCGACGUUAGCCACACGGACGUCGAACCAGACUUGCUGUCGCCGACCAGCGACGACAAUAUCGAGUCCGAGUCAGAACGCUGCGGAACGUGCUUCAAGACAUUUCGGAACAUCGACGAGUUAUGCUACCACCAAAACGAGACCGGACACCUGGAGAUCAAACAAACCCCCAGCGGACCCGGUUACUUGUGCUGGAAGAAAGGAUGCAACCAGUUUUUUCCAACAGCGCAUACUCUACAAAUGCAUUUCAAGGAAGUACACGCCAAAAAUUCGAUCGCGAACAUGUCGGUGUCGGAGAAGCACGUCUACAAGUACCGAUGCAACCAGUGCUCUCUAGCUUUUAAAACACUAGAAAAAUUACAGCUGCACUCGCAGUACCACAUGAUCAGGGAUGCUACUAAAUGCGUACUGUGCGGACGCAGCUUUAGGUCGCUCGUCGCGCUGCAUAAACACGUCGAAAGUGUGCAUUCAGAGUUGACGGACGAAGAACUGAACGCUUAUAAGCAAAGUUUGAUGAAUAACCCUUUGUUACUGGCCGGAUUGCAAGGGCAAGUGCUGGACAGCUCCACGAAUGACAUUCUCAAGAAGGAAUCGAUGCGCAACGACGACAACGAGUCUGGCGAGUGCGAAGACAACAAAGAGCUGAACACCAGUCAGUCACUGGACGAUAGCAAUCAGAACGAUGGCGAAAACUCGGACGACAGCAUCAUUUAUAAGGACCAGCAAUUCCUGGAAGAUUACCUGAACAGCCAGGCCAUCGCGGAGGACAGCUACAACGACCCUAAUCGAAAAUACAAAUGCCACCGGUGUAAAGUAGCCUUCACAAGACAAAGCUAUUUAACAGCCCACAACAAAACCCUUUUACACCGAAAAGGCGAGAAACUGAGCUACCCCAUGGAGAAAUACCUCGAUCCUAAUAGGCCGUAUAAGUGUGACGUAUGCAAGGAGAGUUUCACACAAAAAAAUAUAUUACUAGUUCAUUAUAAUUCGGUGAGCCACCUGCACAAGCUGAAGAGAGCCAUGCAAGAGCAGCAGAACAACAACAACAACCCUCCCGUAUCGCCGUUAACAGGCACGACGCAACCGCAGAAUUUGACGUUGACUCCUAAAAGCACGUCGUCCGAAGAAGACGACAAGAAGCGCUACCGCUGCAACAUCUGCAAAGUGGCGUACACGCAAGGCAGCACGCUCGACAUCCACAUGAGGAGCGUCCUACACCAGACGAGAGCGAGUAAACUGCAGGAUUUGGCGAUGGCCGGCCAGAUUGAUCUGUCCAAGCCGCUAAUCGAACAACCCGAAGCCAUGCAGUCUCCCAAGCAAACCAGCCCAGCGCCAGGUAGUGGGGACAAACAACCCUCUCCCACCCCUCCGUCACCUGGACUCUCAGGUAGUCAAGGGAUGAUGAGCUGCCCUAAGUGCGGGGCGCUGUUUAGUUCUCAAGACCAGUUGAGUGCUCAUCAGCAGCUGUACUGCAUGUUCGCCACGCCGAUGGCAAUCUUCCAGGCGGCCCCCGAGCCCGGCCAGGCCAAAAGUCCGCCUCCAGACACACAAGAAGGAAACGUUAAACUAAAUAUACCCAAGAAGACCGGGUCGCACAUGUACAAACACCUCCUGGAGAGUUUCGGGUUCGACCUAGUGAUGCAGUACAAUGAGAGCCACCAGAGGCGGCAGAGACAGCAACAGCGCGAGGCCGAAGAGAAGGCCGCCAGCGAGGCCCAGACGCCGCCGCCGCCACUGACACCCGCCACGGAAGAGCCCGCUUGCGAAACUACGACAACAGCCGACGUAGCGGAGGCCCGAGCCGAGGAGGACGCAGAGACCAGCCUACCCGAAGUAAGUAAAUCCACGUGCCAACAUUGCAAUAAAGAGUUCUCUAGUGUGUGGGUGUUAAAGUCUCACUGUGAGGAAGUUCAUAAAGAUUUAGUGCCGCUCGAAUUCUUAGAAAAGUAUGCUCAACAGUUCAAAAACGAGUACGAAAAGAAAACGGUGGUCGUGACAGCGGCGACGUCCUCCACGCUUAACACCAUGCCGCGAGUGUCGACUCCCGGAGGGACCACCCCUACCACUACCGCCGCCUCCACCAGCAGUUCAGGUGACGUCGCCACUCCCGAUAAAGAGGAUGAAUCUAAAGAGUCCCUACAUGCUAAGCUAAAUCUGCAGACGCCUCCAGAAGCCACCUCCACGGCGCCGUCGACGCCGACGUCGUCGACGACUCCAGCGAGCAGUACGGAUUCUUUGCCUGCAAAUAUCCAGGCGAUGAUCGCACAGAGUAUGGCCCAGAACCCCAUGGCGCUGGCCCAACAAAUGUCGGAAAUGCAAGCGGCGUUGAACGUCAUGCAACUGCAGCAGCUGAAUUUUAACCCGAUGAUGCAGAUGAUGGGUAUGGGACUACCGCUGGGUUUGAACGCGUUGGCGGCGAUGAAUCUGCAACCGCCUCUAGUUCCCCUAAUGAUGCCGCCCCCGCCGUACGAUCCAAUUUCCCAGUUCGGGCCCCAAGACCAACAGGCCAUGCUGGUGAAACAACAACAGGCCAUGCUGCAGCAACAAGCGGCUGUCAACGCUGCUGCUAACCAAAAACGCGCCAGAACUAGGAUCACCGACGACCAACUGAAAAUUUUGCGCGCCCAUUUCGAUAUCAACAACUCGCCAUCCGAAGAGCAGAUCCACGAGAUGGCGUCUCAAAGCGGCCUACCACCCAAAGUCAUAAAGCACUGGUUCAGAAACACUUUGUUCAAGGAAAGGCAGCGCAACAAGGACAGCCCUUACAACUUCAACAAUCCACCGUCCACGACGCUGAAUCUGGAGGAAUACGAGAAAACGGGAGAAGCGAAAGUGAUGCAAUUGAACAGUUCAGGCAGCAGCGCAGAGGAUAACAAACCCAAAGACUCGCCGAUACCUAGUCAACAAGAGAUUAAGACCGAACUGAAGGAAGAACCUUCAGAAGACACUACAAAAUUUAGCGAGGAUAAAAUCCAUGAACCAAUCGAUGAAAAAUCUAACAUAUUUAACUUACCGCUAAAUCUACAACCGCCACAGAGUCCCGCGACGUCCGUCGCCAGCUCUGAUAACCAGAACGUGUCACAACCCAGUACACCCAACAAUCUCACGCUUACCUCAAUUAUCGCUUCACAGUUGGGCGAUACUCUAACAACUAGUACCCCAACCAUGAAUAUAACAAGUAUGUCGUCACACCACGGAUUAGCAAGUCCCAUGCUCCCCCCACCCAAACUAAACCAACUAAACCAACAAAAUUUUCCCAACCCUAACAACCUGCAAGGCAUGCUUCCGUUGACCCCAAACCGAUGCUUGAGCCCUAGUAGAGAGUACAGUAAUCCAGGCAGUCAAGGCUCUGGGGGAUCAACAGGAAAGAGAGCGAAUAGAACUAGAUUCACAGACUACCAGAUAAAAGUUCUACAAGAAUUCUUCGAAAACAACGCUUAUCCAAAAGAUGACGACUUGGAGUAUCUGUCGAAACUAUUAAAUUUAAGUCCUAGGGUUAUAGUCGUCUGGUUUCAGAAUGCCAGACAAAAAGCCCGCAAAGUAUACGAAAAUCAACCAGCUGCUGAACCCGCCCCUGGCAUACCCGACGAGACAGGCGCGAACCGGUUCCAAAGGACUCCAGGUCUAAAUUACCAGUGCAAGAAAUGUCUUCUAGUUUUCCAACGUUACUAUGAACUAAUUCGGCAUCAAAAGACCCAUUGCUUCAAAGAGGAAGAUGCUAAAAGAUCUGCUCAGGCUCAAGCUGCAGCUGCACAAAUCGCAGCGGUUUUAAGUUCGGAAGAUUCGAAUUCGAGCACAACUGUCGAACAAUCCCAGCAACCCCAACAUCAAAUGCAACAGCAGUCAACAAUGCAACAGAACAGUCAGUCAAAUCCCGCCCAUAGUCCCAGUCAACCUAAUCCUCCUACCACACCCACCCCAAACCAAAUGAAUUACCCCGCUUCCUCCCCUUCUCCGUCAGAUUCUAAAGAAAGUACAUUUCAAUGCGAUAAAUGCAAUUUGGUUUUUCCUCGAUUCGAGCUUUGGAGAGAGCAUCAACUUGUUCAUCUAAUGAAUCCUAAUCUUUUUCCAACUUAUCCUCCGGAUUCCCCUUUUGGAAUAUUACAACAACAUGCGCAGCUCCAGCAACUAAAUUCUAAUUUGGGGGACAUGUCCAAACAGCAAAAUAAUGCCAUACCUCAAAACCUCACCCAGAACAUUCAACAUCCUCUUAUAAAUAUGUUGAAUAAUGUGACUGGUCAGAAAAGGAAGAUAGAUGAAUUUGAUGCAGAAAGCGACACAUCUGACCAACCCAAAGACAAAAGAUUAAGAACUACUAUUUUACCGGAACAGUUGGAUUACUUGUACCAAAAGUACCAAAUCGAAAGCAAUCCUUCCAGAAAAAUGUUGGAAAACAUUGCCAGAGAGGUUGGAUUGAAGAAGAGAGUAGUUCAAGUCUGGUUUCAGAAUACCCGUGCCAGAGAAAGAAAAGGUCAGUUUCGGGCGCAUGCCCAAGUAAUUAACAAGCGGUGUCCUUUUUGCCCUGCAUUGUUUAAAGUGAAGUCAGCUCUAGAAUCUCAUUUAACUACCAAACACGCUGACCAGUGCGCUAGAGGUGAAAUCAAUAUAGACGCUUUACCCGACGAAGAAAUUAGUCUCGAAUCAGCACCUAGUUUGAGUUCUGGCAGCGACAACAAAUUUCAGCAACAGAACCCAAACAUGAUGCCACCACUUUUUCCUUCUCUUCACCCUGAAAUGGAAAGUUCCAUCAAGAAAUACUACGAGGAGAGUAUGAAGAGGUAUAUCAGUGAAUUACAAGCACACGCUUCGUCCUCCAACGGAGACAAGAGCGAAAUCAAGACUGAAAAAGGUGAAAGUGGUGAAAUUCCUUUAGAUCUCUCCAAACCAGUGGACCUAUCAAGACCUAUGAAAGUAUCUAUGGAUCACGAGCGCAACAUUUGCGAUCCCGGUCCUCUAACCGAUCUCAGUGAACGAUCUCUUUGCGACGAAAGAAGCGAUUCGAUGUCCGAAACGACGGAGUUUUACGACGACGAAAGCAACCCUACGUCGCCAGCUAGCAGUACCCAAAGUAACACUCAAAGACAGAUGAACAGCGGCACUUCGGUGGGAGGCACGAAGCGAUUUCGUACGCAGAUGUCCUCAGUCCAAGUGAAAGUAAUGAAAACUCUUUUUCACGACUAUAAGACCCCAACAAUGGCGGAGUGCGAGAGUUUGGGUAGAGAAAUUGGAUUACCCAAGCGAGUGGUGCAGGUGUGGUUUCAAAACGCCAGAGCGAAAGAAAAGAAAUCCAAAAUGGCUUUGCAGAAGGCCCUCGGUCAAACCGACUCCGAUAAUCCCCCGUUGCCCGACGACUGCAAGUACUGCAACUUUAAAUACUCCCACAAGUACUCUAUCCAAGAUCACAUCUUCACUAAAACCCACAUCGCGAAUGUAAGGAUGUAUCUGGAGAGUCAGCACAAAGAACAGGGCCAAGAAGGGGAGUUCACGGUACCACCCCUACCCGGAGCUUCUGGAGGUGUUUCUGCUGAUUCCACCACGAAUCCCUCCCAGAAUCUAAACAACAACAACCCCCUACAACUCCUGCAGAUGGCUGGGAUGCAGAUGGGUGGGGCCCCUUCCAAGGGGGAACAGGAGGAGAGUCCAGAGUCGCUGUUCCAGCAGUUAUACGCCCUGGGUAACAACGCCAACUUCGGAGUCCAGAACCAAUAUGUCCAUCAUGCCAUGUUCGGCGCAAAUGGGGGAGCCGGAGGACUGCUUCUAGACACCGGCUCGGGCCCAUCCUUCCUGCCGCUGCCGGCGCCCGUCCUGGAACAGGUGGCGGCGGGAAACUCGGAACCCGGCGUCACCACCCUCAAGUUGCCGGACUCCUUCCAGCGUCCCCCGGACCUGCCGGCGCGGGACGUCGACGUGGAGGUGUGUUUCGUAUGCAAGAAGUGCCGUCUGGCCUUCCCCGGGGAAUCCCCGCUAUUGACCCACCAACGCCACUGCUACGGCGGCAACCAGGAGUGUCGCGGCGCCUUCCGAAUAGUACAAACGGGCUACGAGUGUAAAUCUUGCGGCGGCGAGCGCUUCAAGACCCUCAUGGAGCUGAAGAAGCACUGCGAGAGCGAAGCGCACCUCAACCCCGGCACCAACAGCGCCAAGAUGGGUUCCCUGCUACCUCCGCCGUCGGAAUCGCCCCUGAGCCACGAGAUGGAGGACGUGGUGAACCAGAUCACGUUGCUGGCGGCCCGCGCUGCUCAGGAGUCACCCCAGCAGGUGAUGGACUCCAAUUCGAACACCUUCUGUCAGCCCUCCGAGCCCAAGAGGAGAUUCCUGACGCCGGCGGACGUGCCCCAGCCUCUGACGAGCGCCGGGCAUUAAUGGCAUGAACGGAAGAGAAAGAUAAAUAGGAGAGAGCCCCGGAGGACGAGGAGUAUCAGUCGCGCUGCUCCGGCUAGCAGAGGAACUCGACGCCGGUUGUC